AUGGCAGUCGACAUUGACGACCGAGACAUUUUCGCCGCCGCCAGCGUGGCUCAGAUCCAUGAAGCCCUCGGCCAAUUGCACGAGCACGAAGCCAGCAUCACCCAGCGCCUAAACGCCCUCAUCGCCUCGCAGAAGCAUCUCUCGCGCGAACUCGGUCGCCUCGAUCUGCUCCGCGCCCACCUCGGCACUCAAGCCGUCAACACGCGCGCCAUCAGCAAUGGCAUGCUUUCCGACGCCGCCUCGACUGCGAGCCGGAUAUCGAGCGCCGUCAAGCGGUUAGACCAGGAACAGUCGAAUGUCAAGGCCACACUCGAGGUGGUGGAGCAGGUGGCAGAACUCAAGGCAUGUGUGCUGGGCGUCCAUGGCUCCAUGGGAGCUCCGCAAGACUGGGAGACGGCUGCUGGCUAUCUCCACCGCGCCGCCAAAAUACCCGACGACGUCGUAAACGGCAGUUUCGCAGACGAGAUUGUGCCGACUGCUGAGGUGCCCGAUCCGCCGCGUGUGACGCUAGAUGCAGCAGCAGAGUCGCUAUGUGGCCUCUUCUUGCGCGAGUUCGAAAAGGCUGCGCAAGAGGGCGACGGCUCCAAGGUGACGAGGUUCUUCAAACUGUUCCCCUUGAUCGGGCGGACACAUGUAGGCCUGGAUGCAUACGGGCGAUAUGUUUGCCAGGGAGUAGCUUCGCGUGCGCGGACAAACUUCAAUUCGGCUGCGCCAGCUCAGAGGAAUGAGCCCUUCUUCUACGGCAACACCAUCACAAAGCUCUUCGAGCAUAUCGCUCAGAUUGUUGAUGGCCAUGAGCCGUUGGUCGAGCGUCACUACGGAUCAGGCAUGAUGCAGAAGGUCAUUGAGCGUCUACAAAUUGAGGCCGAUGUUCAAGGCGGCAUUAUGCUCGACACAUGGCAUGAAGAGCGUCACAUAGACCGCAAGCUGACUGACAUCAAAUCUUAUGCCUUCUCCUUCCUUGUCCAAAGCUUUCUUCCCUCCCAAAAACCUGCUUCUGGAAUACCUCGUUCCAGCUCGCCAGCCAACGGUGCUGGCCGAGUCAGCGAAGACGAGGGAGUGGACAUGAAAGAGAUUGAUGGCUUGCUUGGAGAGGGCGCACUAAUGCUAGGACGGUAUGCGCUGUAUGCGCGUUUCCUCUCUGACAAGUGUGCACCCGCCGAGCCUGAAGACCGCAUCGACUAUGGUUUGGUGAUGCCCAAUUUCUUAGCUACCAGUAACCUCCACAAGAAAGUGAACAGCCAUCUUAUCGAGCCUGUCAACGCCAUGACAACCUUUUUCUUUCGUAGGUCGGUGGAGAAGGCUUUCCAGUUGGACGAAGCGCCAGCAGAUCUCACGCUGAAUCCAACCAAACCUCUUGGGUCCAACCCACCUUUCAUCACUUCCGCAGUCGACGAUGUCAUGUACAUUGUCAAUCAGGUGAUUCAGAGAACCCUGGCAACCUCGCAACGUGCCGUCGUUUCUAGUGUCGUGCCUGCGGUAAGCCAUAUCCUAGGCGCAGAGUUUAUCGGUAUGAUACAACGGAAAAUGCGUGACGAAAGUUAUCCCAAGCCCGUUAUUCAGGGCGGUCUCCCUCCCGAAGACAAAGUCAUUGCUUUCUUGGUGCUCAUCAACAACCUGGACAUUGCGAACGACUAUGUCAAACGCAUAGUCUCGCAGCAGCUAGGCCGUCACUCGCAAGCUGGCGAAGAGGAUACAAAAUCACCGUUGCACGACCUCUUUCCUUUCGGCCACGACGCUGUGUUCGUUGAGAACACACUGAAAACAAUGGAGAAGUCGUUUGCAUCCAAGAGCGGAGAUCUGCUCAACGAUGGCAUCACUGUCUUAUUCUCAAACGUCCUCAAGCCUCGUAUUCGACCAAUCCUGGCUGAGGCGUUUCGAGACAUAAAGUACGACCCCGAGGACGGCGAGAAUGAGGAUGAAGAAGAGGAAGAUGUUGAUGUGGUAAAGUCGCGUUUUGACCGCGGUUGGGGAGUCGUGAUCCGUCCCAUCAAGCGUAUCUUGACCUCAGCAAACUUUGAUCGUCUCCUGGCGUUGGGAUUGAAUUCUCUCGCAUCUUCGCUCGAAAAGCGCAUCAAGAGCUACUAUGGUAGAGUCAACGAGCUGGGUGCUGUCAGGCUCGAGCGCGACGUUGCUGGUAUCAUCACCGCCGCUACAAGCGGUGGCGCGUAUUCACUUCGCGAUGCAUUCCAAAAGAGUACUCAGAUGACUCUGAUUCUAAACAUGGAGGACGACGAAUUUGCGGAAGUAGCGGAUGACACGUCAGGCGAGUCAGGUAUACCCUGGGUAUUGGAUGCUGAGGAGAGGAAGAGAAUCUUCGAAAACUCAUGGCCGAGUACACUAGAUACGACGAUUGAAUGGCGAGGGUGGUCAAACACCACGAGUAACCUAGACGAGCUUGAAGGUCCGCCCAUGAGCAUGAAACCGGAAGAACUGACUUUUGUCAUUACCGGUGACAUUGAAGCAAUGUGGUUGCGCGACUCGGCAAACCAGCUGCAAGCAUACGUCUCCGUCUUGAAGAAAGACGACAGCCCAGACAGCCUGGCCAGUCUUUUUCGAGGUGCCAUCAAUCUGCAAGCACGCUACAUCCUCGAGAACGCGUUUUGCAAUGCAUUUCAAGCGCCUGAUGAAAGUGGCGUCGUACACAAAAGCAGUCUGAAUAGCGACCGCAUCACACCGUUGUUCGACUACUACAAAGUGUUUUCCUGCCAAUGGGAGUUGGAUUCCCUGGCUUCGUUCCUGCAGCUCUCCGUCGAUUAUGUGACUGCAACAAGGGAUUAUGAUUUCUUCCAGAAUUCCAGUAACUGGACCAAAGCCGUCGAAGUCGUGCUUGAAACAGCAGAAAGCAUGACUAUAGACAGCUACACCGAAGAUGGUGAAUGGCAGCAUACCCCUUACACCUACUGCGCACCUUACGGCGGCACUCCAAUCAACAAUUGUAAUGGCAGUCCUCACAGAGGAAAUAUUGGACUCAUACGCUCUUUCCACCGCCCCAGCGACGAUGCAUGUACAUACCAGUACCUUAUCCCUUCCAACAUGAUGUUUUCGUCCGCCCUCAACACCUCUUCAACAAUAACAUCGCGAAUCAUGCCCCGCACCAGUGGUCUAACAGCACGCAUGCAAGCCCUGAGUACGGCCAUCAAUCGUGGCAUAGAAAAGUACGGAAUAGUUUCGGACCCCACCUACGGCAAAAUAUACGCCUACGAAGUCGAUGGCUACGGUUCUGUCAACAUCAUGGAUGAUCCCAAUGUGCCCUCUCUUCUCUCAGCUCCUUUUCUUGGCUAUACGACGCUGCGCGACCCCAUCUACCAGAACACGCGACGCAAGAUUUUGAGCAGGGGCAAUCCGUACUAUGCUGUUGGGCCUAUAAUUACUGGUGUUGGGAGUCCGCAUACACUACCUGGCAGACCGUGGCCUAUGGCGCUUAUUAUGACAAUACUGACUAGUGAAGACGACACGGAGAUUGUUCAGAAUUUGAUGUGGCUAGUGCAAAGUACGGAUGGCUUGGGUCUCAUGCAUGAGAGCGUGCAUGCGAGGGAUAAAGCAGUGUGGAGUCGGCAGUGGUUCAGCUGGGCGAAUGGGCUGUUCGGGCAGAUGAUCUUGGAUUUGGAGAAGAGGAGGCCAUGGAUUUUAGGUAUGAGUUUUCAGUAG